AUGGCGACGAAUGAUCUGGACGAAAACCUCGGGCGUGAUCCAGACUCUAUGAUCUUGCACAGGGCUCAUUUUACCCACGAGGGCCUACUCGUCGGCUAUGAUUUCGGCUGCAUCAAUGGACUUCUGCGGUUCGAAUCCUUCAUUGACGCAAUUGAGGGCCGUGGGACUGUAAAAUCUAUUACCGGUGGUGCUCUUGGCGAUCGACUGGGUCGUAAGUGGCUCAUCCAGCUUAGCUGUGCUGUCUACGUCUCGGGCGUCUUCCUACAAAUGUUGUUUGAUUUAUAUGACACUGCCUUCAUAUUGGUCCUUAUCGGCCGCCUGAUUGGUGGGAUCGGCACCGGCCUCAACUCCGUUGGGACUGUGCUAUACAUGACAGAAACAAAUAUGUUCAACUUGAAACGCAACUCACCAUUGCGUAGUGAAAGACUUCUACUCGCAUGUCAUUCUUCCCUCCGAGGGUUCUCGCUUGCCGCAUAUCAGGGAUGUGUUGCUUUGGGCCUACUGAUAGCCGCCCUAAAUGUCUAUGCAGUCGAUAAGCGUACCGACAUAUCUGCCUACAGAUGGCUUGUUGGGUGUCAAUUUAUCUGGCCUGCAGUUUUGGCCAUAGCCGUUUCCAUGAUUCCCGAAUCGCCACGUCAUUUGGUAAACAUAGGUCGCAAUGAAGAGGCCUACAGAGCUUUAAUUCGCCUGCGGGCUCCACGGUCGCGGGACAAGUCAGAUAUUCGACGCGUGCAGAUGGAACUGAGUGAAAUCUAUCUCAGCCACGAGGUUGGCUUAGGUCCGGAGAAAGUCGCUUUUCGAAAAGUUGCAAAGGAAUGGCUUGGCACCCGUUCAGCCAACUUAGUGAUCCAUCCGUUGACUGUCAGUGUCCUUCUACAUACUAUGUAUCAGUGCACAGGCGUAAGCUUCAUCACAUUCUCAACAACCUCGCUCAUUGGAACCGAUGAAGCUCUGGGUGACCCACUUGUGAUCGCCCUUGUUCUUUCCAUUGUCCAGCUUUGUGGCACACCUGUGUACAUGUGGUCAUUCAAGAAGCUGGGUCAACGAUGGACGCUUAUUGUUAGCGCAUUGGCUAUCUCGGCAUGCCAUCUUCUCACUGCCAUUACCGGUAUGACAGCUAGUGUCACUAACAAAGGCUUGGUGGUCGGUCGUGUCCAGCUCUUCCUCGUUUCCCUGUUCGUCUUCCUGGUCGCAUCAAGCUGGGUCCCUGCAGUAUGGAUCAUUAUUGGCGAAAUUCCUUCCACCGCCACGAGAUCCCGUGACAUUGGGAUUUCCGCGGGAGUUCACUGGCUAUGGACCGGCGUUAUUUCCGCCACCACGCCGUAUCUUGUUGAGGUUGAGUGGCUCAGGCGGUCUGGUAUCUUUUUGAUAUUCGCAUGCCUGUGUCUAUGUAGCUCGUUGUUUGUGUACUUUCUUGUCCCUGAGACGAGUAAACUAUUCCUUGAGUAUAUCGAGGUGAUCAUUCGAGAAUCGGAUCCCCGCACUACACAAGAGUGGAAGCCUGAUGGUACUUUCGGUUGGCGGAGAGAUCUUAGGACUGAAGUGCAGUAUUGCCGAGUGCCCAGAAUCCGGAAAAGCUGGCAAUCACACACAAAGGAAAAUGCAAGUGACAUGGCAGAGCAGGGGAAGUGA